UCCCCAGUGCCGUCGGUGGUGAAACAGAUAGUUAGCCAGUUCCCACCUCCUCCCACUUCACCUGCCACUGAGCCCCAGCCUCUGAAACCCCUUCCACUGAGCGUGGCUCCACAGUCACCUCCAGCAGUGAAGGCAAAGCCCAAAUGGCAGCCCGCUUCCGCUCCCUCACCCGAUUUUCCCCCUCCUCCACCAGAGAGCAGCUUAGUGUUUCCUCCUCCACCUCCUUCCCCAGCUUCCUCUGCAGGUUCUCCCCCCCCUGACAAAUCAGGGUCUCCAGUCAAAAAGACCAGCAAGACAUCAAGCCCUGGAGGGAAGAAACCACCUCCAACACCUCAGCGAAACUCCAGCAUCAAGUCCACCAGCUCCACUGAGUACCAUGAGUCCAAGAGACCUUCAGUGGACCGCCUUGUCAGCAAAUUUGCACACCCACCAGAGCCAUCAGGGUCUCCUUCCAAGGAGUCAUCACCUCCUGCAGCCCCUCCAAAGCCAGGAAAGCUCAACCUUUCUGGGGUGAGCCUGCCCAUUGUCCUUCCGCAAGGAGGGAUCCCGGCCAAGGCUCCUGCUCCGGGUGUGUCUGGGAAGGAACCUGUGGUUGAAUUCCCUUCACCACCAUCCGAUUCAGAUUUUCCACCACCACCACCUGAAAUAGAUCUUCCUCUCCCGCCAGUUGAGAUCCCAUCUGUGUUUUCAGGCAGCACCUCCCCAAAAGUCGCUGUUGUCAAUCCUCAGCCUCAGGUGUGGUCAAAACCAUCUGUGAAAAAAGCCCCACCACCCACACGUCCCAAGCGGAACGACAGCACUCGACUGACGCAGGCGGAGGGCGCAGAGCAGAGCCACCUGGACCUCAACCGGACGCUGCAGCGGAAAUCCAUCACCCGGCACGGCUCCCUGUCGUCCGCACGGAUGUCCAGAACAGAGCCCACGGCCACCAUGGACGACAUGGCCCUGCCUCCGCCUCCGCCGGAGCUGCUGGCUGACCAGCAGAAGACAAGCAGCUUCGGGGGCAGUCAUAUAUCCGGCUAUGCAACAUUACGGAGGGGGCCACCCCCCGCACCUCCCAAAAGGGAUCAGAACACCAAGCUGUCUCGGGACUGGUAG